AUGCUGAAAGGAUAUUCAGUUCCUCUUACCCCCGAAGGGAAGUCGUCACUAGCAUCGCCACCGCCUUGGCACUAUUCUGGCGAUUGCCUUGUUAUUGAAUACUGGGCCGAUCCGGCAGCACUCGCAGCUCUCCUGCCGCCCGGUGUCACUUUGGAUGAAAAAUCGGGUGGCCGUGCCUUGUUUUGGUUUCUAGAUUGGCAAUUUACUGGCUCCAAUGAUGAGUUGACCGAUCCUGCCCGCUACCAAUACCGCGAGGCGUUUGUUCUUAUUGAAGCUGUUUUCGACGCUACUCCUAUAAACUAUUGCCCAUAUAUCUUUGUGGACAAUGAUGCUUCUAUUGCACGGGGCUGGGCGCAAGGGUUCCCCAAGAAACUUGCUAGCAUCUUCCAAACUCGAAGUUUCUCUGCUCCUGGUCCUGCUGCUGCGCCGCUUGCUCCAGGCAGUAGAUUUGGCGCCAGCGUAGCAGCCCACGGAGAACGGCUUGCAACUGCUCGCAUACAACUUCAGGAAAAGGUCGAUGACCCUUUGACUGUCCUUAAUCGCCCAAUUGCAAUGCGCCGUCAUUUUCCUCAGCUUGUGUCCAGUCGUCAAAAUAAACCAGCGGUUGACGAGCUUACGUUGUCGCUGAUGGAUGAUUUCGUGGUCGUGGGCGUCUGGGCCGGGACAGCAGAGCUGAAAAUUCCCGAGGUGGAUGGAGAGGAUAUGCACUUGAUUGCGCCGCUGCGCAUUGGCAGGGGCUAUCGAUUAAGUAUGGCAUUCUCGGUUACAGAUUUGCGUAUUUUAAAAGACUAUACCAUGUAG